GUAGAGACUGCCCAGCUGGCCACCAAGCACUUCCAGAGAACACGACGGCCCCUGCGCAUUGCUGUGGAUGAGGCUGGCUGGCGCUUCAACAAUAUAAAUGAGCACCAGGUCAAGGCCAUCCGGGAGAAGUCCGGUGAGCCAGCGUUCCAGGGAAUCGAGAAGCAAUUGUUCUGGAGAAUAUGUCGACUUCUAAAGCAGAAUAUUGAGCUUGUGUUUGUCUUCGACGGUUCGCGUCGUCCUUGGAAGAACGGCAAGACAGCAGGCAGAAUCGACUAUAAAUCGAGAGAACUUACUGAGGAGCUUUUGGACGCCUUGCGUAUACCUCACUACCGUGCGCCCGCCGAGACUGAAGCAGAAUGUGUUCGCCUUCAGCAGCUAGGCGUCGUGGAUGCUGUCUGGAGCGAGGAUGCUGACGCCCUAAUGUUCGGAUGCGAUUUCUUAAUUCGCGACUACCGGGAACCGAAGAAGAAAGGGGAGAAGAAGACGAAUCACUCGAAAGCAGGCACCAAGAAGAGCAACACUCAUGUGCGGGUGAUCCGUCCCAAACACCUCCAAGCCGUCCACCUUAGUAAGGAAGACAUUGUCCUCUUCGCUGUUGUCUGUGGAGGAGACUACGACCGCGAAGGCCUGAGAAAUUGCGGUCGCAAUACUGCGAUGAAGAUGAUUAAGCAUGGCCUUGCAAAGACUUUAUAUGCCUGCAAGUCGGAGAACGAUCUGGGAGACUGGAGACACGCCCUGAUUGAGUUCCUCAGAAGGGCCAAAGCGACCAGCAACGUUAUUGUUCGGAACGACUAUCCGAGACUAAGACAUGUAAAGAACUACAGGGAACCCUUAGUUUCUACCAACGAAGCAAUAGCCAACCUUGAAUGUCUUCGCCACGGCUGGGAUAGAUCUUUUGACGAGGAGGUCCUAAGGGAGUUCAUCAGUACACGCUUCAAUAUAUGGACUAAGGGCUAUUUCAAUUGGAUAGGCCCAAUUCUGCUAGCUCGCUUCCUCUCGAUAUCGACCGCACGAUCCAAUCCGCAUGCCGUGAGGCUCACGAAGCGUAGAGCGGCUAAAUCUGCGGAAGCCGGUGAAGAGGAAGUUCUACCAUCGUUCGAAAGCAAGUUGACCUUCUCACCCUUCGAUUUAUCUUCCCUCAGUCAAGACAGGUUUCACGAUGGCUAUUGGACUGGCAAGAGGGAGGAUGAGUUUGAACCUGACUAUCGCGUUGAGUGCGAAAUCCUGGACCGUAUGCUUCGUCAAGCGUUGCCGGAUGAGGUGCUGAAUCCACCGGCGAAGACACCUGCGAAGAAACGGAAGAGAGCGACGCAGGCUCAGGGAGGAGAAGAUGGCACC